GUUUGUGGGGUUGUAUGUAGCUCAUAUAGAUGAAGGCUCUGAAGACUAUUCUUAAUCAAAUCAAUCCACAGUGCAGGAUUUGUCAGGUAAAACUGACAUCUAACCUCUGUCAAACUGAGAAUAACAGCAACAAUCAGUGUUUUGCCUCCAGCUCCAGCUCCAUCUCCAACUCUGCAAGCUCUCUGCAGGAUUCUGGACAGAAAUCACACCUCUGGAGGAAUAAUGGGUGGCCACUGCUCAAACCUGGAUGAUAUACUAGAGGAAGACAUGCACCACUGGUACACCAAAUUUAUGAGGGAAUCUCCCUCAGGGCUCAUCACGCUCUUUGAGCUCAAGACAAUGCUCGAGAUGAAUGGUAUGACAGAAGAGGCCAACAGUUAUGUGGACCAGGUCUUCUUCACCUUUGACAUGGAUGGGGAUGGUUAUAUCGACUUUGUUGAAUAUAUUGCAGCAAUAAGUUUAUUACUGAAAGGAGAAAUAAACCAGAAACUAAAGUGGUACUUCAAACUCUUUGAUCAAGAUGGAAAUGGGAAAAUUGACAAGGAUGAACUUGAGACUAUAUUUAAGGCAAUUCAAGACAUCACCAGGAGUUACGACGUCCCCCCAGAGGAGAUUGUGACUCUUAUAUAUGAGAAAAUCGAUGUCAAUGGAGAAGGUGAGCUGACGUUGGAGGAGUUCAUCAGUGGAGCAAGAGAGCAUCCUGACAUCAUGGAUAUGCUCAGCAAGAUGAUGGACCUUACCAAUGUCCUGGAAAUCAUUAUCAGAGGUCAACAGAAGAAAUCUGUGAACUGAAUUGAUCAUCAACAAACCUGUAUUGUGUGGAGAAUCAAGAUCUUUUGGUGGAUUUUCAGGAAAGAGUGUAUGUGCUUGAUGAAGAGCCAAGCCCCAUCUCAGACAGCACAGAAUAAAUCAAUGAACUGACUGAGCAGUCCUACGCAGAUAUGAUCUUUCUGUAAGUUGCCCAAGGAGUGGAGAGAAUUUGUCCUCCUCCUUCUGCUUGUGCUCUCACAUUUCUUAUGAUGGCCCUUCAGUUUUGUUAAGGUUUAAAGCACUCCAACAGAUGUUUGGAGAGUCUCAGUGAAGACAGGCCCAUCUGCUUUCAAGUUCCCAUCAUACCUCAAGUAGAUGGCGCAAAGCAAGGUGGAUAAAUCACUUUGAUUUAUGUCAUUAAGGGUUUACUGAGCUGGGAAUACAUGGGCUUCUUGGUUUGCAGAACUGUCUGGCACAAGUGGGUUGCUUCAGUCCAAAAUGUCUUGGACAGCUUUGGGAUUAUUAUUAUUAUUUUUUUUUUUUUGAACACAAUGAAUUCACAUUUCAAUUCUGAUUAGUCACACCUGCCAAAUUCAGUAUGAAUUUCUGAUAAAACCUGUUUAUUGAAAGCAUCAUAGUCACUUCCUCUGCAAAUCAAUGACAUAAUUACUAGUGGGUGUGUGGAAAUAACAUCUAAAACACUCAAUGAGAUUGUUUUGUGUUGUUGCACUUGUAAUAUCUGCAUGAAAACUGUACUAUGUACAAAAACUGGAUGGUACCCAAAUACAACAUACUGGCUGAAUGUCAAAAUAUUGUUGUCAUGUACAUGAAAUGUAAUGUUUCACAAUAUUUUGCUGCAAUUAAGGUUACAUUGUUGCCUUACAAAUUAAUACAAUGUUUUUUGUUGAAAUGAGA